UAUCAAAGUCUGGUGUCGUGGCAACUAUUUCUUGUCUUACUUCAGUAACGAGAACAUAAGGUUUUAAAAAAAAUAUUUAAUGAUAAUAUAUUAAAUAUAUUUUAUAUCAAUAAAGAUGACAUUUGCUGGAAAGGUUGUAUUAAUAACGGGAGCUAGUUCUGGCAUUGGUGCAGCAACUGCUGUGCAUUUCUCACAGCUCGGUGCAUUAUUGUCAUUAACAGGUCGUAAUUUACAAAGAUUGAAUGAAGUAGCUGAACAAUGUAAGUCUAAUAAACCAUUAGUUAUAACUGGAGAAUUAAAUAAUGAAAAGGAUGUUGAAAAUAUUGUGAAAUCUACCAUUAAACAUUAUGGUAAACUGGAUGUCCUGGUUAAUAAUGCUGGUAUAUUAGAAAAUGGAAGCAUAGAAAGUACUUCAUUAGAACAAUAUGACAGAGUUUUCAACACAAAUGUACGUUCAAUAUAUCAUUUAACAAUACUAGCUGUCCCACAUAUUGUUGAAACUAAAGGUAAUAUUGUGAAUGUAUCAAGUGUUGCUGGAUUAAGGUCCUUCCCAGGAGUUUUAGCAUACUGUAUGAGUAAAUCAGCACUUGAUCAAUUCACACGAUGUGUGGCUCUCGAACUUGCACCAAAACAAGUAAGGGUUAAUGCUGUGAAUCCUGGUGUAAUAGUAACAAGACUUCAUAAAACUAGUGGAAUGUCAGAAGAAGAAUUGAAAGCAUUUUUUGCUAGGAGCAAAGAUACCCAUGCACUUGGCAGAUCAGGAGAUGCUUCCGAGGUUGCAAAAGCUAUUGCAUACUUGGCAAGUGACGAAGCCAGUUUCGUUACUGGUGUAACAUUAUCUAUUGAUGGAGGAAGACAUGUUAUGUGCCCUCGUUAAACUAUAUUCUAUAUAUAGAAUAAGAAUUUUAUGUUUUUGUAAUUUGUCAAAGACUAUUCAACAUUUAUAUAUUAUCAGUUUAUAAAAGCAUUGUAUUGUUUUUAAGAUGUUUUUCACAUUAAAAAAAAGGUAAUGUUCUUCAAUAAAUAGUUUAAACUUUGA